CAACCUGAUGGCCAAAUGCCCAGCGAUAAAACUAUCGGAGGAGGAGACGAUUCCUUCAACACAUUUUUCAGCGAGACAGGCGCAGGAAAACAUGUGCCAAGAGCAGUGUUCGUGGAUCUUGAACCAACUGUUGUUGAUGAGGUUCGCACUGGAACAUACAGACAGCUCUUUCACCCUGAGCAACUCAUUACUGGAAAAGAGGAUGCUGCCAACAACUAUGCAAGAGGCCAUUACACCAUUGGUAAAGAAAUUGUUGAUCUGGUGCUUGAUCGUGUUCGUAAACUGGCAGAUCAGUGCACUGGACUCCAAGGAUUCCUCAUCUUUCACAGCUUUGGCGGUGGUACGGGGUCAGGCUUUGCCUCUCUUCUGAUGGAAAGAUUGUCAGUAGACUACGGCAAGAAAUCUAAACUUGAGUUUGCCAUUUACCCUGCACCUCAGGUUUCAACAGCAGUAGUUGAGCCGUACAAUUCCAUCCUGACCACCCACACCACCCUUGAGCACUCUGACUGUGCUUUCAUGGUGGACAAUGAGGCCAUCUACGAUAUCUGCCGCCGCAACUUGGACAUUGAGCGUCCCACAUAUACUAAUCUCAACAGACUCAUUGGUCAGAUUGUUUCUUCGAUCACAGCCUCUCUCCGCUUUGAUGGUGCCCUCAAUGUUGACCUCACGGAGUUCCAGACCAACCUGGUGCCUUAUCCACGCAUCCACUUUCCACUCGUCACAUAUGCCCCAGUCAUCUCAGCUGAGAAGGCGUACCAUGAGCAACUGUCUGUUGCAGAGAUCACCAAUGCCUGCUUUGAGCCAGCCAAUCAGAUGGUUAAGUGUGACCCUCGUCAUGGGAAGUACAUGGCUUGCUGCAUGCUGUACCGUGGUGAUGUGGUCCCUAAAGAUGUUAAUGCUGCCAUUGCGACCAUCAAGACCAAGAGGACCAUUCAGUUUGUUGACUGGUGCCCUACAGGCUUUAAGGUUGGCAUCAAUUACCAGCCACCAACUGUGGUUCCAGGGGGUGACCUUGCCAAAGUCCAGAGGGCUGUCUGCAUGUUGAGCAAUACCACUGCCAUUGCUGAGGCCUGGGCCCGCCUGGAUCACAAGUUUGAUCUUAUGUAUGCAAAGAGAGCCUUUGUGCACUGGUAUGUUGGAGAAGGAAUGGAGGAGGGAGAGUUUUCUGAGGCCCGUGAAGAUUUGGCAGCUCUAGAGAAAGAUUAUGAGGAGGUGGGGGUUGACUCUGUUGAAGGAGAAGGUGAAGAAGGAGAGUAGAUUUAUGGUGGAGACAAUAAUUGUUUUAACUGUUCGUGUGUUAGUAAAAGUGAGUUGUUCAUAAAUAUUCACAUUUUGUUUUCAAAUGUGUAAUUAAAUAAUAAAAGCAAGGUUAGUCUCUUAUUCACAGGCAUCGUUUCCAAAAUGUUUAAGAUUUUAUCUUGCAAAUAAUAUUAAAAUUUGUGGUUUGAAAGAAGGUUGCUGGUUAUGUAAACCUCAGUUUAUUGGUACAAAUUCAAUUUUGGGCCAAUAUUUAAUUAUAGGUACAGGAACAAUGACAAUGUGAAAAAAAACCCCAGAUCAGUCCUGUUUGAAAAUGGAAUUAGUUUUGUUCUUUUCCAGUAGAGGGCAACAGUGGUGCAAUUUUCUGGGAGAUUGGUACUCAAAGGCAACUGAAAGAUUAAACACAAG